AUAAAUAGUAGAUGUAUCACCUAAGACGGUCAUAAGUAGUGAAAAUGUAUACAGAUAAAUUAUUGUUAGUGUUUAUGUUCAGUGCACUCAAUGCACAGUUUUCACAAACGAAAUAUUUUUUGGAAACAGAAUACAUAGAAGUCCCUCUGAAUCACUUUGCGCCAAGUGAAGAACCGAAUGUUUUUAAAUUGAGAUAUUUAAUAAACGCCGAAUAUUAUGAUGAAACAGGACCAAUAUUUAUUUAUAUAGGGGGGAAAGGAGAUAUUUUCGUUCAAGCUCAAAAUUCUGGUUUCAUGUUCGACAUUGCACCCAUCUUCAAUGCUCUUCUGAUUUUCGUAGAACAUAGAUACUAUGGACAAUCGCUGCCAUUUGGAAACGAUUCAUUUUCUUCUUUGAAACAGUUGAAAUAUUUAUCCACCGCUCAAGCGUUAGCAGAUUUUGCUUUUGUAAGCAAGUAUUUAAAAACGACCCUUUCUGAAACUGACGAUCGUCAGCCAACAGUUGUAGCAUAUGGUGCAUCAUACGGUGGAAUGUUAGCAGCCUGGCUAAGAAUGAAAUAUCCUUAUUUGGUCACUGGUACCAUUGCAUCUUCGGCUCCUAUGUUUGAUUUUCCAGGAUUGACAAAGUGCGAUACGUUUUACGAGAAAAUUACACAAGUUUAUGCUGAAUAUGGCGGUGAGGAAUGUGUGGAAAUGAUUAAACGAGGUUGGGAUGUCAUCAUGGCUUCAUCCAAAACAAAAAUAGGUAGACGCGUCUUCUCGGAAUUGAAAAUAUGUUCAAAAAUUGAAACCAGCAAGGACGUUGAAAAAUUAUUAAAUUGGUUACAGAAUAUCCACGUAAAUAUGGCAAUGGCAAAUUAUAAUUAUCCAACAAAUGUGUAUACUCCCUUACCAGCGUACCCUGUGAAAGUUUUCUGCGAUAAACUCACUUCUUAUUACGAAAUCAGUAACAAAAGUUUCAUACAACAUUAUAGUCGUGCUUUAGAGUUCUAUACCAAUUAUACUGGAAAUAGUUUGUGCAAUAAUAUUAACAAUGAAAACGAGGAUUUGACAGAAAUUGCUUGGAACUUUCAAACAUGCACAGAACUGAUAAGCCCCAGAUGCUCAACGGAAAACGAUAUGUUUGUUACAAAUCCUUGGGAUUAUGAAGAAUACGCCCAAAACUGCAAUGCAAGAUUUGGGGUUAAAGAUGUUCGACCAGAAGGGGCUAUACUGGCUUAUGGAGGAAAAGAUUUGAAGUAUUAUUCCAAUAUAAUUUUCAGUAACGGUGAAAUGGAACCAUGGUCAAGUGCUACCGUUUCAGACAACGUAUCUGAUUCAAUAUUUUCUAUUAAAAUUCCCGAUGCUACAAACCAACUGGAUUUAAGAAAAUUUGAUCCUACCGAUAAUAUAUAUGUUGCGGAGACUAGGAAAUUUCAUAUUCACACCAUCACGCAAUGGUUAGAGAAUGAACACUAAUAAUUUAAUAAUUUUAUUUCAGUUUUUGAUGGUCUUAGGUUUUAGUUGUUUAAACAAAACUACAGUUUUAGUUAUUUGUAAAGCUUUGCGGCACUUGUUUGUAUCAGCUUCAGUACUA